AUGCACACUGGCAAGGCUUUCACCAUUUUGUCUGUGGCCGCGGUGCUGGGCUGCAGACUACUUGUCACCGCCCUGCCCCGUGUCGAAUACAUUCGUGUCAUCGACGAGACGAUACUCAUUGACAACUCUGGCGAUGAUGACGAUGAUCUCUUCCACUGGUCCCUAUACAGUACCGCUCACUACCAUGGAGGACCGGCAUUUGACGCCCACACCGACCCCGACACUAAUAGUGUGUCUGACGAGCAGCCGUACGCCGACAUCCAGGCGUCGGAUGACACUGGCCUAGGAGCGGUCAAGAUCCCCGCAACUGUGUAUCCACAUGAUACACCUCCAACGGCCACUCUCAGCAAUGAUGACACUGACCCGCCGAGCAACCCAUUACUGCCAUGUGUGGCCACCAGCUCGAAAGGGUUCCGGCAUCAGCCACGUAAUGCGUUGCCAAAUCCCGCCGAAGACAACGAAGUCAUCCCCUCUAGCCUACAGGCGAUGGAAGCGUCGGCACCACCGGUCGAAACCUCAUCCUUGCCUGAGGCUCUGCUUUGUACCGGGCUCAGUUCCUGCCCGAAGGGCUACAAGACCUACAUCUUGAUGGGAUUGUGUUGGUGUCGUCUCCCCCCUCCGGCGGAGGGUUGA